AUGGAUUUCACCAAGGUGGGUAUAGGAAGGAAAUUGCAACUAGAAGAACUCGAAUGGCUUAGGAUAGAGGCCUAUCAGAAUGCACGGAUCUAUAAAGAGAAGACUAAGGCAUUCCAUGAUCACUAUAUCCACAAGAAAGAUUUCCAAGAGGGUGAUGAAGUUCUUUUAUACAACUCAAGGCUCAGAUUCAUACCUAGAAAGCUCCAUUCAAGGUGGGAUGGCCCCUUUAAAGUGAAGGAAGUGAAGCCCUAUGGAGUGGUUGAGCUAUUCCACCCUCAAAGUGGUGCAACAUUCAAAGUGAAUAGCCACAGAGUAAAGAAGUAUCGUGGUUAUAAGUCACCAAGGGAAGUAGAAGUGUUCCUUCUUGAGGAUGCACCCAAAGGAGGAGAAGCUUAA